AUUCCUGGAUGACAGUUAAAAUUGUAAGUAGGAAGGUACCUACCCAGUUAAUAAAUGUGUAUUAGCUACUUGCUCUGGGUAAGACAUGCACCAAAUCCUACACCACAGUAUUUCCAAGGCAAAGAUUGACUGUAAACUUUGGAACUGAUGGGGUGGGGAUAGUUAAUAACUUGCUGAAUUCGAACACAAAGUAGACAGCCUCCAAGUUGUGUACACUUAACCGCUGCCUUUUUCUGUGUUGUCUUUUGUGUUUGUUUUGUUUUCAUUUAAUAAACUUUUUUUUUUAGCAGCUGUAGGUUGAAAGAAAAAUUGAGCAGAAAGUACACAGAGUUUCCGUGUAACUUUCCCCCACUCCCCACUGACAUCUUGCAUUGGUGUGGUACGUUUGGCGCAACUAGGAAGCCAAUACUGAUAACAUUAUUAUCAAAGUCCAUAGUUUAUACUAAGGUUCACGCUAUGUGUUGUACAUCCCGUGGUUUUAACACAUGUGUAAUGACAUGUAUCCACCAUCAAUUACAUUAUCAGAACAGUCUCCCUGCCCCACAAACAACCCCAUGUUCCAUACACACUCCUUCUCCCUCUUCCUGAACCCCUGGCACCCACUGGUCUUUUUACUGUGUCUAUAGUUUUGCUUUUUCCAGAGUUUUGUAUAGUUGGAAUCAUACAGCAUGUAGCAUUUUCAGGUUGGGUUCUUUCAAUAUGUGUCUGCAUUUCCCCCACAUCUUUUCAUGGCUAAUAGUGCAUUUCUUUUUAGUGCUGAGUAAUAUUCCAUUGAGUGGAUGCACCAGACUAUCCAUUCACCCACUGAAGGACAUCUUCCAAGCUUUGAUCUGCUUUACACAUUCAUGUGAAGAUUUUUUUUUAAUUCUGCAUAUUUCAUUUUGUUGUGAUAACAUGAGAUACGCACUCUGGACGAAGUUCCGACUGCACAGUACACUACUGUUGCCUGCAGCACAUCCAUGCUAUCAUGCCUUAAAAAUUAAGAAAAAUUACCUACCUCUGUGUGCCGCAAGAUGGUCCUCCACUUCUGUAGUUCCUCGAAUUACAACCCACUACACCAUUUACCCCCGGGACAAGGACAAGCGAUGGGAAGGAGUGAACAUGGAGAGGUUUGCAGAGGAGGCGGACGUGGUGGUUGUGGGCGCCGGCCCCGCCGGGCUCUCGGCCGCUGCCCGGCUGAAGCAGUUGGCCGCCCAGCACGGCAAGGACCUCCGCGUGUGUCUGGUGGAGAAGGCGGCCCAGAUCGGGGCUCACACCCUCUCGGGGGCCUGCCUUGACCCCCGUGCUCUCCAGGAGCUCUUCCCAGACUGGAAGGAGAAGGGAGCUCCACUGAACACUCCCGUAACAGAAGAUCGAUUUGGGAUUUUAACAGAGAAAUACAGAAUCCCUGUGCCAAUUCUUCCAGGUCUCCCCAUGAACAACCACGGCAACUACAUCGUUCGCCUGGGGCACCUGGUGAGCUGGAUGGGCGAGCAGGCGGAAGCGCUCGGGGUGGAAGUCUACCCCGGCUACGCGGCCGCCGAGGUCCUUUAUCAUGAAGACGGAAGUGUGAAGGGGGUCGCUACCAACGAUGUAGGGAUACAGAAGGACGGGGCACCAAAGGCCACCUUCGAGCGAGGACUGGAACUGCACGCCAAAGUCACAGUUUUUGCAGAGGGCUGCCACGGACACCUGGCCAAGCAACUCUACAGGAAGUUCGACCUGAGGGCCAGCUGUGAGCCCCAGACCUAUGGGAUUGGGCUGAAGGAGCUGUGGCUUAUUGAUGAGAAGAAGUGGAAGCCGGGGAGGGUGGACCACACAGUGGGCUGGCCGCUGGACAGACACACGUAUGGAGGCUCCUUUCUCUACCACCUGAAUGAAGGCGAGCCGCUCGUGGCCCUCGGCCUGGUGGUUGGUUUAGACUAUCAAAAUCCGUACCUAAGUCCAUUUAAAGAGUUCCAGAGGUGGAAACACCACCCCAGCAUCCGGCCGACGUUGGAAGGUGGGAAAAGGAUUGCAUACGGAGCCAGGGCACUCAAUGAAGGCGGCUUUCAGUCUAUACCGAAACUCACCUUCCCUGGUGGGCUACUGAUUGGCUGUAGCCCCGGCUUCAUGAACGUUCCCAAGAUCAAAGGCACCCACACAGCCAUGAAAAGUGGGAUUUUGGCAGCAGAAUCUAUUUUUAAUCAACUAACUAGUGAAAAUCUCCAAUCAAAGACAAUAGGACUCCAUGUAACUGAGUAUGAGGACAGCUUGAAGAAAUCUUGGGUGUGGAAGGAGCUGUAUGCUGUUCGGAACAUCAGGCCGUCCUGCCACGGGGUCCUGGGUGUGUACGGAGGGAUGGUUUACACCGGAAUCUUCUACUGGAUAUUCAGAGGGAUGGAGCCCUGGACCCUCAGACAUAAAGGUUCUGACUCUGAUCAGCUCAAGCCAGCCAAGGACUGCACACCUAUUGAGUAUCCAAAGCCGGACGGACAGAUUAGCUUUGACCUCCUGUCGUCCGUGGCUCUGAGCGGAACGAACCACGAACACGACCAGCCGGCACACCUAACCCUGAGGGACGACAGCGUGCCCGUGAGCAGGAACCUGGCCGUGUUCGACGGGCCGGAGCAGCGCUUCUGCCCCGCAGGAGUUUACGAGUUUGUGCCUUUGGAACAAGGUGAUGGAUUCCGGUUGCAGAUAAACGCUCAGAACUGUGUGCACUGCAAAACAUGUGACAUUAAAGACCCAAGUCAGAACAUUAACUGGGUGGUACCCGAAGGGGGCGGAGGCCCCGCCUACAACGGAAUGUGAGGUGCACCUGCUUGCCCGGUGCACCCGACGGCCAGUCUCUCUGAAGUGGGUGGCAAGCUAACUUCAAGUUACCUUACGGAGCAUUACUGAUCAGAAUGUUCAUAAAAUAAUUAUCAGGGAAAUAACUAUAUUAUAUGUAAAACUGUCCCAUAAAAAAAAUCAUGAAUAUUUCUCUUAAAUAAAACUUCGUAAAUUAUGUA